UAGGAAGCAUGAUGGUGUCAAAUGCCAUGGCUCCGCUGCGGAGUCUCCAUCUGUUUUCGCGUAUUAUAACCAAUAUCCAGGUCCGUCGCUCGAUGGAUCGCUCCGUCAUCCCUGUUUCUCUGAUCUCUCUUGUUCUUGAGCUCUCGCUAUUUCGCAGUUGUAUACCAAUCUCUGUCAUCCCGCGGCCUUUGGUAAAAUUACCCUUUACUUUUCCUACGGUACCGCUCCCUACAUCGAUCGCCGAGACCAUCGUAAUGUGAAGGGGAAUCAAGUCACGCCCCGAUUACAUCACGAGACACUGCUGCACGGACCAGUGGGGUAGGGCGGUAGGGCCAAGACCCUCUCCGUCACGGACCCCCACGACUGAUUUUUAUCUCAUCUUAUCUGAUCGGUCUUUGUCUGAUGUACAUCGCUCCCUUCGCCCCUCUCCCCUUCGUUCGACCUCUUCGCCCAGGAUGAAACUGCGUACAUGGAUAACAAUUGUUGUACUUCAAUUCGCAGUUUAUACCCACAGUCUCCCGACCUGUAUUAAUGCCGUGCAGGCGGCCAUCAACACUCUUGCCUUCAUCGAAUCGCAGCCGUUAAGUGACUAUGACGCCCGGUGUCGGGGUCGCCUACGUCUCAUCUCCUUCUAUGCGUCGACGACGGUAUAUUGCGAGCCAGACGAGCUCAAGGAAGGAUUGGAGGGUGUCGCCACUGAAUGCAGCGCACAAAAUACAACCUUGGUUCCCAUCUCGGAAUUCGAGGCUAAUCUGACCGAGGAUGCCAUAAGUCAUUUGAGAAUAGUGGAACGCUUCGAACUGGACGGAGGUGACAACCUCACGGUACCGGUGCUGUUGUCAGAAGAGUUCUUCAAUUUGGCCUACAAGACCAUUGUAACCUGGGAGUAUGAAAUCGCGCUUCGCAGAGAAUAUGCUUUCACAUCCUAUGCAUUCUGGGGUAUAAUCAUCGUCAUCGGGACACUCUGUAAUUACUUGAUGAAGUGCUGGGAACGUCGUAGUUACAACGGCGAUACCCAUGUCGAUGCCGAUGAUCAAGCUUCAAUGUCUUCCCACCUUGCUAUGGUGUUCAGAAGAAUAUAUCACAUUACUAAGAUGUACUUCUCCCUUCCUGCUGGGUGGAAGACCUAUCAUCUUCGGCUCUACUACGGCUGUACCGUCCCCACACGGAUGGAAACUAUCAUCGUUAUCAUCUUUUGGGCCAUGAGCAUUACUCUUUCUGUUAUCAAGUAUCCCGUCUUCUAUGGAAACGUUUAUUGGCUAUUACCGGACCGCCAGCUUGCUCGGUAUUUCGCUGACCGCACCGGAGAACUGUCUUAUGCUCAUCUUCCAGUCCUUUGGCUCUUUUCUGGACGCAACAAUGUAUUGCAAUGGGCAACAGGAUGGAGUUUUGGCACAUUCAACAUAUACCAUAGACAUGUAGCUAGGGUGGCAACGCUGCAAGCUGUUGCUCACUCGAUCGCGUACCAUCAUCUCAUCAUGAAGAACAAUGGGAUGGCUCUAUAUAGAGAAUGGAUUCAAAUGCCUUGGUUUUAUCUUGGUAUUUUUGCCACGAUACUAAUGUCGAUUUUACCGAUGCUCUCGUCCAUCUACCUCCGCAUCUACCAUUACGAAUUUUUUCUCCUGGUCCACAUCACCUUUUCCCUCAUUAUAAUCCUAACGCUCUUCGUUCAUACAUCGAUCUUCCAUGGUGUUUACGACAUAUACCUGUGGCCAGUCGUGGUUGUCUGGGUCAUAGAUCGCUCUCUCCGACUUGUUCGGCUUGUCUACUGCAACAUUCGCAUUUCGCUGAAAGACCCUAACCACCCUAUUUUGAUGACCAAAUCAACCGUGACAUAUUCCUCUGUCUCGAAUGUUCUUCGUAUUACUGUCACUCCAGGGGUAUUCAGUCUCCGACCAAAACCGGGGACGCAUUACUACAUAUAUGCAGCUUCGAAUUGGUUUGGAUGGGAUCUAUGGGAGAGUCACCCCUUUACUCUGGCCUCCUUGGAUUAUACCGGCACAUCAAAUUCGGGAGCUUCUAGACCCCUGCGUCCCCGAGCAAUGGACGAGGAACUUUAUACCCAGCCCUGCUAUAACUCUAUCGACUCCGACACUCCGAUGGUUUCCAACGAGAAAGAAUCCCCGGCCCUGGUGUUCUACAUCCGCCCUUUUGACGGCUUCACAAAAAGACUACGGGACAUGUGCCUUCGCACACCAAAUCGUCAAGCUACAGUUCGCCUCCUCCUCGAAGGGCCGUAUGGCCAUUCGGCGCCUCUAGAGAAUUUCGAGACUCUGGUUCUCAUUGCCGGUGGUACGGGAAUCGCAGGGACUCUUCCGUACAUCCGCGAGUACGUGAAUCACCAAUGGGGACGUCGCCGCUGGCGGACAGAAAACAUCCACUUCAUCUGGACGACGCAGCAGGCGGCAUUCAUCAACGAGGUUGCUUCAAAGGAGCUGCGUCCCGCAUUUGGUCGGGACGAUCUCCACAUGUUAUUCUACGCGACUAGCACUGCUACAAGCAGAGCUCCUCCGGGGUUGUCGGACACAGCAGAUUAUUCAGAUAAUUUGGAUACAUUGUUAACUAGUGAGACACCUGGGGAGCUGGGGAUACAAUACCACCGUCCAGACGUCCCAGCGCUGAUCAGAGCUGCUGUGGCUAAGCACCGUUCUUCUGGAAAAGGCUCUGGACGCGUUGGGAUUCUGGUUUGUGGCCCGGCUGGAAUGGCGGAUAGUGCAAGAGCUACGGUGGUACAGAUUUUGAGAGAAGGAUUUGAACGGGUAGAGUACUUCGAAGAGGCUUACGGGUGGUGAAGUAUGAAUAGGGCGCAAUAGACUUUAAAGACUAGAAUUCCUGCUUCUAGCAUGUGCUAUAUGAUGGGGAACUUUCUAGUACAGAUUGAGUGUUGCGUUUCAUAAGCGAAGGGUGCAUGCAAAUGAACAAUGCACUUUUUUUUUACUGACAAAGAUGAGACUGAUUCUUAGUAUACAAUCCUAUAGUUAACUAUCUGAACAGCCGCAAAAAAAAAAGGUAUGAGACCUUGAGCAUAGGCUUGCAUAUGAAUUCGC